GCACGUGCAGUUCUUUGGGGUAUUUAAAAGUGUGGAAUGUUGUCUAGAGAAAAUACCACUUUGACCACAGCGGUGCGGGGGCUGGGCAGAUGGAUUGGCCACUUUGACGCUUUUGAUAAUUUUACUUUCAUCAAAUCAAAUUAAAUCAGUGAGUAAGAGGUCUCUCAAUCACUAAUCUCAGAUAAAUUGUCUCCCUGUCUGCUUGUUUACUGAGUUUUUCUCUCUGGGAUGAAAAAGCUAUCGCCUUGAAAGGAGGUUUAAUACUCUCUCAGGACUGGAAACUGAAGUUUUUCAGUUGUGACUCUGUCCCACUGAGGGACCUGCUCACUCUGCUCCACAGAGAGCACAGCAUUACCACUGAUCUCAAGCUGAAGACUUUAAGAAGGAUACGUCUUAUACCCUAAAGAAUUUCAGAGGACAUUUUUUCUCCCUCAAGAGCAGAGGGACAUUUUUAUAAAGAAUGGGUGACUAUGAUGAAGACACUGCAUUUCUUGGACAGACAGGUCCUUACUUCUGGACCACAUUCUUCCUUCUGAACACAGUUUUUGUAUCAACUGGAUUCAACGGACUUUACAUAGUCUUUGUUGGGGCAGCUCCGAAACAUCACUGUCUCAUUCCAGACGUCAACCUGACCGAGGAGUGGAGAAAUGCCAUCAUUCCCGUCACGAUAGUGGAUGGUGAAGCGGUGCAGAGCCAGUGCAACAGAUACAAGCUGGAUGUGGUUAGAAAUCUUUCUGCUGAGGGGUACAUUCCUGGAAGGGAUGUCAACCUCAGUAACCUGGAGCGGGAGGGAUGUUUAGACGGAUGGAACUACAGUAAAGAAAUCUACCAAUCCAACAUAGUCACUGAGUGGGACCUUGUUUGUGACAACCAGUGGAAAGUUCCUUUUGCAUCCUCGAGUCUCUUUGUGGGAUACCUUGUUGGAUCCCUAAUCUCAGGCCAGCUUUCUGACAGGUUUGGGAGGAAGAAGGUUGUUUUCAUCUCUCUUGGGGCCCAAUGUGUCUCAGUCGUGCUUCAGUCCUUCUCUCAUUCAUGGAGGAUGUUCUGUAUCAUGUUCCUCUUCGUUGGAGCCUCCCAGAUUUCCAUCUAUAUUUCUGCAUUUGUACUAGGAACAGAGUUAUUGAGUAAAACCAUGCGUGUGCUCUUCACAACUCUUGGGGCCUUCCUUUUCUACUGCAUCGGGUACAUGACACUACCUUGGAUUGCAUAUGGCAUCAGAGAAUGGAGGACUCUUCUUGCUGUUCUGUCCGCAACGUCUGUGGUCUACAUCCCACUGUGGUGGUUCAUCCCAGAGUCUCCUCGGUGGCUGAUCACACAGGGAAGAGUGACAGAGGCCGAGGUCAUAGUGAGAGAGGCUGCGAGGAAAAAUAAAGUUGAGGCACCGCCUGUAAUCUUUAAAGAAUCCGAGCUACAGACAAUGUCUCCAAGCAGGACAUAUACCAUGCUUGAUAUUCUGAGGUCUAAGAACAUCAGAUGCAUCACACUAAUGUGUCUUGUUUUGUGGAUGGCAAUAAACAUUGGAUAUUUCGGUUUAUCCCUGAACACCUCCAACCUUAGUGGCAAUCCCUUCAUGAACUGUUUUUUAUCAGCUACUACUGAGGUUCCUGCCUAUGUUGUGUCGACAUGGCUCCUGAAGAAAUGUCCAAGAAGAGCACUUCUGUCAUCGUUCCUCGUCAUUGGGGGAGGAGUUCUGCUGCUCAUCCAGUUCAUCCCUGAUACCCUUCAGUAUGUUGCUCUGGCACUGGAAAUGACUGGGAAGUUUGGCUUCACCAUGGCGUUCAGCAUCGUCUACAUCUACACAGCUGAGAUCUACCCCACUGUGUUAAGGAACGUCGGCAUGGGAAUGUGCUCCUCUGCUGCACGCAUUGGCAGUAUCACAGCUCCUUAUGUCAUCUAUUUGGGUACUUAUAAUAAGGUUCUGCCUUAUAUUCUCAUGGGAAGUCUCACAAUUGCUUCCUCUGUGGUGAACUUCUUCCUUCCGGAGACCCUCAAUAAAGAUCUUCCAGAAACAGUGGAGCAGAUGCAAGAAUGUCAGGGGUUGUGCAGUGGAGCCAAAAAGAAGAAAUAUGUUGAAAAUGGAGGAAGUGUCAAUCCACCUAUACAAUGUGAGGCCAAAUCUGAUGUGUAAAGUCUUACUCUGUAGUUCCCUUGAUAGCCUUGCUUCACUUUUAAGAAACAAAGAAAGACAGAAAGCAAGAGGAAAAAAGGAAGAAGAGAACUUUCUCUUUUUUGAAAGUAAAAUCUGAAAAUGAAAUCCCAAACAUACAUUGGGAUACAGUGGGAUCCAAAAUUCUGAGUCCACUGCCAAGAACCUUUGGUUUUUUACCCUUUAUUAAAAACUUUUUUUUUUACUAAGUUGAUGCCUGCUAAUUAAAUUUUUCUAGAAAUGUUGCAAAUACAUUUUUUUAGAACUUACAUUUUUGUAUGAAAUUGAAAUAUUGGUCUCUAAUUGUUGUCACACAUACAUUCAAUUAAAAUAUGAACAUAUAAACCCUCCUGAUAAACAGUCUGAGUUGUUUUUGUCUUCUAAAAACAUCCUUAAUUAAUGUGGUUCUCUAUUUGUUAUCAGUGUUGCUGCAGUGAAGCAUUUCAUGGGCAAACUGCUGUUUUAACUGAAAGUCUCUAUGGGUGAAAUAGCACCUAAUGGCAGAGAAGCACUGUUUAAACUAUUUUUUCACCAAACAAGAUGAAACAUUUACAACAAUUUACCUCAUGUAAACCAGGAGAAAUAUACAAACUAUAUCCAAAUAUAAAACUACAGUUGGUAUCCUAGCAUGGUGAGUCAACCACGCAUUGACAAAGAGCAUCCCCCUGUUCUGCAGAGGAAUGGCUAGAAGAGGGCUAAUUUCCUAGCUGUGUUUCUUAAACAAUGAUGUGAUGUUGUUAUAUCAGUCCAAAGACUCCUUGGUCACCUCAACCCUGCUGAACAGGUUCUGAAGAUUUUCCUACAGAUUCAAUUUCUAUAACAAAAAUGUUUAAUCAGUGCCUGACAGAGUGGACAAUGUGAUUGUAUUAAACUAUUUUUUUAUUAUUAUUAUUAUUUUACUUAUACUGGUUAAAUGUAG